AUGGGGAAAAGGAUCGGGAAUUAUCAAGAAAUCAUUGAGAGAAUUGAAGCUAGACAAAGUGGAUUGCAAUCAAUCGAUCCAGUAAUUCUGACGCUUUCAAACGAAACUCAGCCACAGGAAAAUGAUUCAAUGAAUGAAACAAUGCAUCGGUUCUAUCGCCCUUUCCGCUUCUCAAUCACUCCCAAAGAGCCAUGCCCGUCAGGAAUCGAUACUCUCUUUAUCGUUCACACCUCAAUCGCGAAUCAUAAGCGACGAGCAGCGAUACGAGAAACGUAUGCCAAUGAUUAUUGGGAGAAAAAGUACGAAUAUCGAACGAUUUUUGUAGUUGGUCGGAGUAAAGAUGAGGAAAAGGAAAGAUGGAUAAAAGGAGAAGCGAGACAAUAUCGAGAUAUUCUACAAAUCGAUUACAUUGAUGCCUAUCGAAAUAUGACAAUAAAGUUUCUCAAUUGGAUGCGUUUCGUUCGUGAUGAUUGCCCGCGAGUGAAAAUGAUUGUCAAAAUGGAUGACGACAUUCUCCCAAAUAUUCACUGGAUUUUCGACGAUUUUCACAAUGGGACAAUGAUUUCGGAAGAAAACACGUUCACCUGCUUAGAAUAUCACAGUCCAGUCGUUAGGGAAAAAGGAUCGCCUUGGUACGUUUCAAAAGAGGCUCAUCCGGGCGAUGAUUGGGAAGCUUUCUGUUGUGGACCGGCUUUUAUCAUGUCAGCCGACCUGAUAUCCAGAUUGGUGAAAAAUAUUGAAAACAAGCGAUUUUACACAUCGGUCGAUGACGCCUUUGUAACGGGUCAAAUCGCGAAGGAGAUCGCAGCGAACCACGAUUUUCGGCUAUACGAGCACAACUUUCUGUGGCCCGGCUGGCCUGGGUGGGAGAAAAUCGUCGAGAGGAAGAUGCUGGCGUGGAAAGUGAUUUUUGGUGCUUACACAACGACGACAGCGAUGAAGCGAAUUUUCGAUGAGCUGUCCCAUUUGAGUGGAGCUGUUACCGAUCCACCCGAUGAUCUCCCCUGGUCGAAUAAAAUGGACUUCUGGAGCUUCGCUGAAGAGAGGCUCGAUUGGCUCGAGAUUGGAGCGUCAUGCCUUGGAGGCUUCAAAAAGAGUUCUGAACGAGAAAAGCUCGAAAGCAAGAUUACAGGCUGUUUUGAACGUCUUGUGGACGGCAUUGAAGCAGUAAAUGAUUCUUCGAAGCGUUCUACAAAGGAUGACAUCAAGUUCUGUGUAAAAGCUGCUGUCGCGGUGGUACCUGUGUCUGACUUAUUAAGUUCCUGUAUUAAGUUCUCACCAGAAACAGUCGAGGUUUUGGAAGAGGUUGGAAAAGUUGCUGAUUCCGCUGGCCCUUGGAUUGCAGGUGCAAAGAAGUUUUGUGCCAAUAUGAAGGAGUUUAAAGAUGAUGAUGCCGUAUGUCGUGUCGUAAAGGCGGGCAUUAAAACUGCUUGCCAAACUGGAGGAGCAUGGGCAGGUAAACGGAUUGGAACCCAGUAUGGACCACAGAUUGGAACAAAGAUUGGAACAUGGAUUGGAACAGCUGUCCUGCCUG